UCCGGACUGAAUCAGGACAGAUAAAACAAGAAUGAUUCUUUUCCGGACUGAAUUUUAUGGUAGAUUUGGUCUGUUUCGGGCUACCAAGAAUUUUAUUUGACACGAAUCCUAUGAUCCCAAUGCCGUCUUCUUAUUCUUCUUCAAUUAAAUAUUCUCGCCAUAAAAGCUCUGCGUAGUCCUCCGUCUUUGAAGAAACAAGAACAACAACUACAAAGCUAAGAGGGAAAACGGUCAACACGGAACGAUUUCUGGGUCUUUGAGCUUAAAUGGGUCGCAGGCAAACCGACUCAGAACUGGGUCGAUGUGCCCUUCUGAUCCUCUUCGUGAUGGGUAUGAUUUCCUGCUCCUUCGUCUAUUUCUGCCUCUCUGUGCUCUUUAGACCGCUACCCAAUAGCAAUACACACUCUCUUGGGUCAAAUGUCAAUAGAAAUGGAGGAGAUUCAAUCGGUGAUGAAGAAGGGGAGGAAGAGUGUUGCCGAGGGAUUGAGCAUUUGGAGCUUUGGGGAGAUGCGGUGAGAUGGGGAUCCGAUUUCAAGGUCAACUCUUCAAGGGAAUGCUGUAUGGCCUGUAAGGAGAUGUGUGGGAGGGAAGGUGGGUCUUGUUUGUGUGAUACUUGGGUGUUCUGUGGUGAUAGAGAAGCUUGUGGGUCUAGAUUUGGUGAGUGUUGGCUGAAGAAACAAAGGGAUACGCUGGGCCCUCAGCUGCACGGCUCGGGCGAUAAAGUGAUUUGGACUUCUGGACAAGUCUUUGGAAAAACCGAGGGUAUUAUUGGACUGGAAACUGAAUAUGGGAUGCUUCGUGUAAAACUUUUGCCGGAUUGCGCCCCGCAUUCCGUGAUAUAUAUUCUUGAGCUGUUGGCAUCACGCUUCUGUGCUGGUUGUCGAUUUUAUCGUGCAGAAAGCCGAGGGGACUCUUGGGAUUCAGAAGGAAAUCGUGUUGGACAUGCUUCCUAUGGACCUCCAUUUGCGCUAAUUCAAGGAACACUCGAAGCUUAUGGGGCAGAGUUUAAGGAUAUUCCAACCGAGGCAUGCCCAGCAAUUAAAAGAGGAUCAGUUGCCUGGGUUGGUUCAGGCCCCGAAUUUUUCAUCAGCCUAGCGAACCACAACGAGUGGACAGGAGCAUACACUGCAUUCGGUCAUGUUCUGCCGCAGGACAUGGAAAUUGCAGAUAACAUUGCUCAGCUUCCAACCAAAUCCGAAGUGUUCAGUAAUGUUCCUGUGUCUGUUUUGGAAAAACAUGUCCCCUUACGGUUCCAUAGAAUCAAUACCAGUCCUUGAAAAUAUUGAUAUAUAUGAUCUAUGAUAAACUGUUUUUAUGAUGAACAGUUCAUAAUUUUCGGUUUCUCUGUAAUACUGUUACUUGUUUGUAUAUGCUUUUUGAGAAGGAUUAGACUUCACUGCCA